UGCACAGUAAAGUUCAAGAGGAACAAGUUGGGUAAAAGACAGAGUGACGGAGAACUGGUCCACACUGUUCAUUCUAUUCAUUCAGACCAAACUAUGGCACAGGUAUUACGAUGUGGUUCAGCCCCCAGGAUGGUGGUCACGCUCUGGCUCUGCUCCGUCAUGUUACUUGUUACAGCAGCCAAUGGUGAGAUGACUCAUGCCCACACAAUUAGCGUUUCUGCCCCCCACCUUUUCUACACCUGCCCUGAAGGGGCGACUGCAAAACUGAUGUGUUAUCAAAGGGGUGCUGCCCUGUAUUCCACUGAUGUGGUGAGGCGUAGCUGGCUUUUCACACCACACAGUGAUCAGCACUGUUCUGGAAAGAUGGGUCCACGGCACACUACCCUUAACGGACAUUCUCAGGGAAACCGGAGCUCGCCGCUACCGCAGUUUGGUUUCUCCGAGCAAGAAAUGUGGGUGAUCCUGCAGGACGUCACCUAUGCUGACCAGGGCCGCUACUGCUGUAUCGUUCUGGACUUCCAAGUGGCUAGCAAACAUGCUUCUCUGGUGCAGAAACCUCACAGCCACAUCAUCCUUCAAGUUUCACCAAGGAGAAAUGGAUCUCAAGCGUGCACUGUCCAGGAUUUCACAGCAUCUGGAGGCUCUGUGCCAGUGGCCUUGUCUAUAACAGCUUGCAUCUUUGCUCUGCUCGCUCUACCACUUCUCCUGGUGCUGGUGUACAAACAGAGGGAGAAAACCCAGUCGAGCAACGGUGGACAGGAGCUGGUGAGGAUGGACAGUGAAGCCCAGGGGCACGAGAACCCAGUGUUUCUUGGGGACUCACCACAGACCAGGACCCGUACUGUUUCUCAGAUCAUGACCAGACAGUCAUCUGAGACAGGACGCCACCUGCUGUCUGAGCCCAACACUCCCAUGUCUCCUUAUUUCAAUGGGAAUGGGUUUUUCCCAAUAGAGGACACCAUCCCUGAGUCUCCAGACUUUGUGCCGAUAUCGUCCGGGUCCAAACCUCCUUCACUGCUCUAGGUGCAGAACUGGAAACAGACCUUCAUCUCUAGUCCUCUUCUUUUUUGCCUUCAAAGUGAUAGUGCCCUUUGCGAGCUUCCUCACAAUAACCUCUGCUGGGAUUGUCAUGUGUACAUUGUCUGGUCUGCAGGAGGGGGGAUGAGGGGGGAGGGAUUAUUUCCACCUGCAUCAACAGCUGGAGGCCAAAGUGAACUUGUCGGUGUGAGUGUCUGUGCUGUGACGGAGGCCGGUCUGGUCUAUAAUGCUCCGUCUUGGUCUGACAGGAAAGGCUUGUGGCUGGUUGUUUAGCGGGGCCCCACAGCUCAGAGUGCAGACAGAGUUACAGUGAGUGCAGGCCUUUGCCAUGUGCAGAAGUGACUAGUUGAGAGUGAAACUGUGGAUUGCUUUGCUUCCUCCUCGGGCAAGUUGUUUGGUGCAAUUCCGACUUGUGUCCUAAUCUGUGUAAUUUGACAGUUCCUCAUAGUUUUUUCUUUCUUUUGCUACCUCAGCUCUGUUGCUCUGAGUAUUCUAUUCCUUAGUGUAUCCUCCCAUACACAGCACUUCACAGUUGUCUUCAACAUACGGGUUAGGUGCUGAACAUGUCAGGAAAUACAGUAAUUGGGUUAUAAAAAGGUCUAAAACUAUCGUGACACAUUGUUUGAUUUCCUCAAUGACCAAGAACAACAAGGGUUUUAUUACCCUAGUUACAAUGCUGUUUUGUAAAUAUAUAUGUAUAUUUUUUAGUUUUUAUCUUCUGUUGUGAGGUAUAUAACAAUGUUUGUGUGCAAUGACAAAAAAAAACAACAAAAAAAACAAAAAACAUUUAUUGCUGCCUUCAAACUAAAACAACAACAACAAAAAAAAAGAUCUGUGACAACCAAAGAGUUUUUAUAUCAGGUUUGUUUAAAUGAGAAUAAGAAGUGUUUGUAAUCAAUGCAGCAUUAAUAUUCAGACCUAUAAGCGACUUAGUGAAACCACUGGAGUUUGGUCGUAUUGUGGAGGUAAACAUGUACAGCUGCUGUGUGAACAGUCAUUAUCUCUCUCUGUUGUGUAGCUGGCGUACAGGACAGGGUAUUGUGUGUAUAUUUGCCACUGUUUUUCUUGAAGAAGUAUUUUAGUGUCACUGUGGUGACUGAUGUUUUGCAUACAAUUUUACAGUUCCUGUUUGUUUGCCUUUUGUAUUGUACAGAUUUAAACCUAGACCAAUGUUGCAUGUACUGCAGUUUAAAUUGUCCAGGUUGCGUCUUGCACAAUAAAGUGGAGCUCUUCCAACUCACACCAA